UUCAUUUUUCAUUUUUCAUUUCACGCAUAUUCACUCAGAGUCUUGUUUCUCUUGAUCGAGAGCUCAAAAGAAAAGAAACCAAAGAAAGAAAAAUGGUGGAAACGAAUCGACUACGUUUCUCGUCUUCUCACGUCUUGAGAGCCAAAAGACUAAGGCUCUACCUCUUGACCGCCGCCAUCGCCCUUUUCACAGCCUGCUACCUCCUCGGCUUCUGGCGCCAAACAACCGGCACCAUCAUCAUCUCCACCGCCGCUGCGUCCCGCCAACUACAACCAUCCACUUGCCCCCCCCUCCUCGACCGCGUCAACUCCACGCGCCUCGACUUCUCCUCCCACCACCAGGCCCCCGACGCCGACGACGAUCUCAGCCCCUCCGAUGCGGCUGCGCGUGGGCUCUACUUCCCGCCGUGCGCCGCCGAGCUGGCGGAGUACACGCCGUGCGAGGACGUUAAGAGGUCGCUGAGGUUUGACCGAGACCGGCUGAUUUACCGGGAGAGGCACUGCCCGACGCCGGAGGAGGUUAUGAGGUGCCGGAUUCCGGCGCCAAGCGGGUACAGGAUUCCGUUCCGGUGGCCGGAGAGCCGGGGAGUGGCGUGGUACGCGAAUGUGCCUCAUAAGGAGCUGACGGUGGAGAAGAAGAACCAGAAUUGGGUUCACUACGACAAGAAUACCGGACGGCUGACAUUCCCCGGCGGCGGGACGAUGUUUCCACACGGCGCCGAUGCGUAUAUCGACGAUAUCGGAAAGUUUAUCGAUCUCCAAGGAGGUUCCAUAAGGACUGCCAUUGAUACCGGUUGUGGAGUUGCAAGCUGGGGUGCCUACCUAAUGUCCAGGGACAUCCUGGCAAUGUCAUUUGCACCAAGAGACAGCCAUGAGGCCCAAGUCCAAUUUGCCCUUGAAAGAGGAGUCCCUUCUUUGAUUGGAAUCCUUGCAUCCAUUAGACUUCCUUACCCUUCAAGGGCAUUUGACAUGGCCCACUGCUCACGCUGCCUAAUUCCGUGGGGCAAAUAUGACGGGCUUUACUUGAUUGAGGUUGAUAGAAUUCUACGUCCUGGUGGGUAUUGGAUUUUGUCUGGUCCCCCAGUAAACUGGGAGAAACACUGGAAAGGCUGGGAAAGAACUGAAGAAGAUCUGCAAGUUGAGCAGUCUGAGAUUGAGGCUGUGGCAAGAAGCUUGUGCUGGAAGAAAUUGACCCAGAAAGAUGAUCUUGCUAUUUGGCAGAAAUCUACUAACCAUGUUCACUGUGAGAAGACCCGGAAGGUUUUCAUGAAGCCACAGUUCUGUCAAGGUCAAGAUCCAGACAGGGCAUGGUACACGAAAAUGGAGAACUGUUUAACCCCACUGCCAAAUGUAACAGAUCUCAGAGAAGUUGCAGGUGGGGAAUUGGCCAAAUGGCCAGAAAGGCUGACUUCAGUCCCUCCAAGGAUCAGCAGUGGAAGUUUGAGCGGAAUUACUGCUAAGAUUUUCCUGGAAAACACACAGAUAUGGAAGAAGAGAGUGGAGUACUACAAGAGUUAUGACAGCCAAUUGGCAGAGAGAGGAAGGUACUGGAAUUUGCUCGACAUGAACUCCUACUUGGGUGGAUUUGCGGCUGCGCUAAUUGAUGAUCCUGUUUGGGUUAUGAACGCCAUCCCUGUGGAGGCUCAGAGUAACACUCUUGGCGUCAUCUAUGAGCGUGGCUUGAUUGGAACAUAUCAAAACUGGUGCGAAGCCAUGUCCACUUAUCCAAGAACAUAUGACUUCAUUCACGCUGAUUCAGUUUUUAGCCUCUAUAAGCACAGAUGUGAAAUGGAAGAUAUUGUUUUAGAAAUGGAUAGGAUUUUGAGGCCAGAGGGUAGUGUGAUUAUUAGGGAUGAUGUGGAUCUCAUAGUGAAGAUCAGGCCAAUAAUAGAAGCAAUGCAAUACAGUACAAGUAUUGUAGACCACGAAGAUGGACCCAAAUGGAGAGAGAAGAUCUUAUUGGCCAGAAAGCAGUAUUGGACACCUCCAGACCCAGCCUCCAGGAAGAAGCAAAGAGGAACCCAAAGCAGUUCAUAG